AUGGAUUCCGACCCAGAGGUGGUGCUGGUGGAAAAAAUUGAAGAGGACGAAAUUUCUACAGAUAAAGACAGUGGUAUGGAAUCAGCCACCGGAAGCAAGGAUGAAACACCGGAACGCAAACCCUCAACGCCAGAAGAAGAGUCCAAACAAUCCGAACCCGUGAAAACAGCCGUUGCACCGGAAGCAGCACCUGUCGCUGCGGCUUCUACCUCCUCCUCGUCAUCAGCAGCAGCCCCAGCACAACCAGCUGCGCCAUCGGCACCAUCCGCACCUUCCUCUUCCCGACCUUCCGCAUCCACCCCGCCGCAACCGUCAAAGACAGUGGCACGCACAAGUGCAAACGAUUACGAUGACGAACCAGAUGAGAGCCUGGGCGAACGACUUUGGGGUUUGACGGAAAUGUUCCCUGCACCGGUGCGCCAGUUUUCCGGUGCCGUAACGGAUCUUACCGUACGAAGCGUGAAAGGACUGUAUUCGCUCACCUGUAAUGUGUCGUGGAUUUUCUUUACAAGCUCCAUGGUCCUGUUGGCACCGGUUGUGUUCGAGGUUGAGCGUGCCCAAAUGGAGGAGAUGCAAAAAUCACAACAGAAGCAGGUCUUGCUUGGACCAGGCACGGCCGUUGGCGGUGGUGGUGGUGCACCAGGUGGCAUGCCGGCGUUACCGCCGAUGGCAGCAGCUCGAUAA